GCUCUCAAACAAACCAACAAGGCGUCGUUCAAAGAAACGGAAGCUCUCGAAACGGCGACGGAAAAUAAAUGCCUUCUGGGAAACAAACAAGAGCUCAGUGGAGCAUACUCUGAAACCCGCAUUGUUCCAUGGAACCAUUUUCAAUGAUAGAUGGCUUCAUACCCUGAAACCAUGUGAAAAUUAAAGGGAGAAAGAGAACCACAGAAAAAGGGAUCAGCCCUCUUGUUGAGAAGUAUUGGCUUCAAAGGUACAAUCUUUUUUCAAGCUAUGAUGAUGGUAUCAAAAUGGAUGAGGAAGGUUGGUUUUCUGUUACACCUGAGGAGAUUGCAAUAAGGCAUGCCGAGAGGAGUGGGGGUGGAUGUGUAAUUGAUUGCUUUUCAGGUGUUGGAGGCAAUACCAUUCAAUUUGCUAAAAUGUGUCACCAUGUUGUUGCUAUUGACAUUGAUCCUCACAAGGUUGAAUUGGCUUUUAAUAAUGCGAAGAUAUAUGGAGUGGCAGAUUAUAUUGAUUUUAUUAUUGGAGAUUUUUUCCAACUUGCUUCAUCUUUGAAGGGAGACAUAGCAUUUCUUGCACCACCAUGGGGAGGGCCAGCAUAUAAAACAAUUCCGAAUUUUUCCCUUGAUUUACUCAAACCGAAAGAUGGGUAUUCAUUAUUUCAAGCCGCUCAAGCAAUAACACCUAACAUCAUUAUGUUCUUACCCCGGAAUGUGGACUUGCGCCAAGUGGAAGAACUUUCUUGGCUAUCUUCUCCUCCUCUAAAUAUUGAGAUUGAAGAAAAUUAUGUGCAAAACCAUUUAAAGGGCAUUACUGCUUACUUUGGGGGUACUGCAUUUGGUAAACUCGACCUUUAGCUAGCAGCCCUGGUAGACGCUUUGUAAAUAUGAUCCACCAAACGUCUCCAACAUAUUAAUCAAAAAAUGGGUAGGUAGAAGAGAAAAUUUUAAGCUUGUUAGAUUUCUAGGUUCAGUAACAACGAUUAUCUUUAUAUAGAGGUAGAGUCCCUAGCUUGCCUUGAUAAUUUUGAGGGAUGGCUUGUGUAUCAAUGGUUUUUCCCAGUCCUGUGAAGAGGGCUGGUGGAUUUUCAUGUUAACAUACCUGUACCAUGACUUGUAGAAGUAUCCUUUUUUUUUUUUUAACAAGGAAAGUUUGAUUAUCUAACUCAAGUCAGAUGAUCCAUACUUUGUUUUUGGUUUUCAAACUGCUGACUUUUUAUGAGAUAUUUGUUAAGGAAAGAAGUUUCUAGUA